AUGCCUCAGAAUGACACUAUUGGUUUUCUUUUCUGUUUCUCUUCUUCCUUCCCUUCAUUUAUGUUUUCAGGUGGAAACAUCCUUAGGAGUCCAAAUCAAACGAUGGUAACAGAAUUCAUCCUCCUGGGUUUUGGCAACCUUCAUGGUCUAACGAUUUUCACUUUUAUGAUAUUUCUUACAAUCUAUAUAAUCACAAUAGUGGGAAAUCUCAUGAUCAUAGUGACAGUGUGGAUGGAUCACAGCCUUCAUAACCCCAUGUACUUCUUCCUAGGAAACCUCUCCUUCCUGGAAUUAUGGUACACCACCAGUGUGGUCCCAAAGAUGCUGAAAACCUUUCUGAAUGGCCACGAGACCAUUUCUUUCUCAGCAUGCCUUCUCCAGUUUUAUGUCUUUGGCUCACUAGCAGUUGUUGAAUGUUUCCUUUUAGCAGCCAUGUCUUAUGAUCGUUACAUGGCCAUAUGCCACCCACUGCAUUAUACAAGAAGCAUGAACUUCAAGGUGUGCCUUCUGUUUGUGAUAGGGUCAUGGGUUUCUGGGUUUCUCUCCUUGGUGGUCACUAUGCCCAUGGUUUCCAUGUUGCCCUUCUGUGACUCUAAUGAGAUUGAUCAUUUCUUUUGUGAUUUGGCUCCUAUUGUUAAACUUGCCUGUGGAGACACACAAAAAGUGAGGAUCCCUGCUUUCAUUAUUGCUUCCCUGGUGUCCUUUUCUCCAUUCCUUCUAACUGUUCUGUCUUAUUAUAAAAUUAUUUCCACAAUUCUGAAGAUUUCGUCAACCAAAGGCAAACAGAAAGCUUUUUCCACCUGCUUCUCACAUCUGACUGUGGUUACAGUGUUUUAUGGAACAUUAAUGGUGGUAUAUGCUGGACCUACAAGUACUCAGUGGCCAAACCUAAGGAAAGUUUUCUCUGUGCUUUAUAUAGUUGGGACACCAAUGGUCAAUCCUAUUAUAUACAGCUUGAGGAACAAAGAAGUCCAAAAUGCAUUGAGAAAGCUGUUGAAUAGAAAUGCUAUAUUGGUGCAUAGUAAGUGA